AUGGCAGUGUCCGCGAUGCAAGACGUGCCGAUGGCGGAUCGGGAAGUCGGGAGGAAUGACGCUUGUCUCGCCGUCCUAGCCAUGCCGGAACUCCUGGAGGUCAUCCUCGAAAUGGUUGACGUGACAACUCUCCUGACAUCGGCCCAAAGGGUCUGCAAGAAAUGGCACGCCGUUAUUCAGACGUCUAACAUGCAGCGGCUUCUCUAUCUAGAACCCUGCGGCGUACCCAAGGCCCCUCAAGGGUCUCGUGAGGGAGAUCUUUUGGUAGAGCAGAACCCCCUGCUGAAGACACUCUUCCCCUAUCUUUUCCAGAUCAUGGACGUCGCGCGGCGCCAGUUGCCUACUUGUACCGGAUACCUGACCCUCACCCUCGGUGGCUGCGUCCUAGCAGACCGUCGUGUCGACUAUAAAAGGCAUUAUGCCUUCGUCCGUCACGAUGCCAGUUGGCGCCGCAUGCAAGUCUCCCGGCCGCCGCUCCGCCAUCACGAUCUGUACCGCACCCUAGACUUCCCGGACGGUCUACGGAUGGGUCAGCUCUGGGACAUACUUUUCAGAGCUGUUUUUGAAAGCUACUCGGAGGACAUUGACCCGCGCGACGGUGAUGGACCCGCCAUCCUCGCGUUGUGGCGGCAGCACUGGCCGCAUAACAUGCGGACGCCGCCCAAGGGACGAGGAGGGAAAUUCAAUGCCGACUUUGACCGCGCCAACCCUUGGCUCGUCCCCACCUACUCGGAUGAGAGUGGGCCUGAUGACUAUCAGUGGCUGUACGCAUGCGAAGACUACAACCCGAAUGUGCUAGAGGAGCAUUUUCGCAUUAGAGCCUGA